CAACUCCCAGAAUUCAACACGGAAAAGCUUUGGCAGCAGUGCUCUGCUCGCUCGGACACGGAGAAGCAGCUUGUGCCUUCCCAACAGUGGCUUUUGAAAGCUGUCAAGACUUUCGAUAAGCAAUUGUAAACAACCAGGACGCACAGUGUGGCAUUUCUUCUGGCUGUGAUUUUCCAGACGGGUCCUUCAGGAUGGGAAAUGGCAUCAACAAGGUCCUGCCUGACUUAUACCUAGGAAAUUUCAAAGAUGCAAGAGACAGAGAACAGUUAGCCAGAAACAACAUCACACACAUCUUGUCCAUUCAUGACAGCGCAGCUCCGAUCCUCCAGGAGAUGACCUAUCUCUGCAUUUCAGCAGCUGACCUGCCCACACAAAACCUGACUCAGCACUUUAAACAAAGUAUAAUGUUCAUGCACGAGUCCCGCCUGAAAGGAGAAGGUUGCCUCGUUCACUGUUUGGCAGGAGUGUCCCGGAGUGUCACACUGGUAGUAGCCUACAUCAUGACAGUGACAGGUUUGGGCUGGCAGGAGGCGCUGGCUGCGGUGAGGGUGGCUCGGCCUUGUGCUGGACCCAACCUGGGCUUCCAGCGGCAGCUACAGGAGUUUGAGACCACUCAAGCUGAACAGUUCAGAGAAUGGAUGAGGAUGGAAUAUAAGGAGAAUCCUUUCAAUGAUGAGGCUGAUAUACGUGACUUGCUUGCCAGGGCGUCCAAUGUAAAUGGCGAGGAGGUAGAAAAACAUGCAUCCACCCCACCUGGAGGUAUUUGAUCAGAUCUUUUGAUGAGAUCUUUUGCAGCUCAGCCUGGAGGAUACGUAUUAAGUAUUGGACAUGUAAUGUGCUUUGGAGUGGACUCCUGUCUGGAUGUCCAUCACAGAUGGAAUUAUCCUCAAAAUAUCAUGGACAUGAGUGUUGGAAGAGACCGUUUUCAAGUUAAGUUCAUAUUCAUUUUUACCAGUGAUUGAUGUUUCUGGUGCUGUUUUUCUAAUUUAUAAAUGUUCUGAACUGUGUUUUCCACUGUGUCUAUGUGAUUUCAAAUUGUUUAAUAAAAGGAUUGAAGUCAAA